AUCAAUCACUCUCCUCUAUCCUCUCGCCCCUCUCCUCUGUUUCUUUGAUAAAGAAUUGAAGCCAUCCCACUACUCCUAUUUUGUCACUUGAAAUUCAAAACAAACACAUAAAGACAACCGCAAAAAGCGCGUGAAUUGUUACUACUAGGAGUAACGGGGACUUUGAGUUGGUUAUCAAUGGUAUCCCCAAUAACAAACCUGACAUUUUCAGAUUUAUUACACUGAUGACACAUUCUCUCUUAUUUGUAACUUUGAUUUGAAAAGAGCACAGAAGAGCACAGCAGGGUGUUCAUCCCUUUCCUUCCUUCUCUAGUACUACCCCCUUUGGGCUGCUCUGCUUUGGUUUCAGGGAAGUUACGAUCUUGCUGUUUUUGGGCAGGCAAAGACAGAAAUUAAGAGUGACAGUCAAAUUCUCUUUGCAAUAGCCAGUGGAUCUGAUGCUGAUGAUGGUAUUUUGGUAUUGUAUAUGAAGAAAAGGUUGCAUUUUUAGGAUUUUCUUUGGCUACCCAGAAAAAAAAGAGAGAUACAGGGGAAAAGAAAGCUAAAAAGGAAAAGAAGUUUCAAGUACUCAGCUUUUGCAGUUCUUUUGGAAAAGCGAGAUACCUCCAUCUUCUUUAUUUUCUUGUUUUGGAUUCAAUCUAGCAAUGUCACUAACGAUCAAGCCUCAUCUCCAUCAUCAGAAUCACAGAAUGCACAAACCCACAUCAACAAACAGCAGAGACUGGACACAGAUCUACACAGUUUAUGGCAUGGAACAAUGGCAAACAUUACUCUUUCUCGUAUUUCAAGCUACUCUCUUCUCCAUCAUGUCAAUCCUUUUCCUACUAUACUACCAACCAAUCUGCCAGUUUCUAGACAAUUUCUUCCUCCUCACCGCCACCAGUUCCACCGGUGGUGGCAGUGCAGCGCGUUUUGCUGCUGGGUUCAUCGGCUGUGUGACAGCACUAUCUGCUGUCUGUUUGUUUUUCGCGGCGGGGAACUUUUUUUAUAGUUCUGUUGGGUUGCGCUAUGAAAUGGCGCAAAGGAUUGUAAGCUGUGUGAAUGAUUGGUCUAAUGUUAAGGUUGCUCUUGAUAUCGGAUGCGGCCGUGGGAUUUUGUUGAAUGCGGUGGCUACUCAGUUGAAGAAGACAGGGAGCUCCGGUCGGGUUGUUGGGUUGGACCGGUCUAAAGGGACUACUUUGUCUACGCUUCGAACCGCCAACGUGGAAGGUGUUGGAGAGUAUGUCACUUGCAGGGAGGGUGAUGUUAGGAGUCUACCAUUCGGUGAUAACUACUUUGAUGUGGUGGUAUCAGCUACUUUUGUACACACAGUUGGAAAAGAGUAUGGCCAUCGGACAGUGGAGGCUGCAGCAGAAAGAAUGAGGGUGUUGGGUGAGAUGGUCAGGGUUCUGAAGCCCGGGGGUGUUGGGGUCGUCUGGGAUCUACUACAUGUGCCGGAAUAUGUCCGACGUCUACAAGAAUUGAAGAUGGAGGAUAUUACGGUUUCAGAGCGUGUGACUGCCUUCAUGAUGAGCAGCCACAUUGUAUCUUUUCGGAAACCUAUUCAGCACAUACUGGGUCCUUGUGAGGUCCGCCUGGAUUGGAGAUGCUGAUGUGCUAAUACGUAUCAGAAAAAAAUAUAUAUCAAGAGGAAAGAAUAGGAAAAGAAUUAGAGAAAUAUACGUAAGUUACUGAUGAUCAUACUUUCAAAAGUCUGGGGAGACGAAGCCGAUCCAGAUGCCUUGUUGAAAAUAUAUACUUGUGAUGUAGUGUUAUUGUAUUCGCUCUCUGCCAACCUCUGAACUCAUGACCUGGUUGUGAUAGUACACGUACAAACAGGACACAAGUGAGGCCAGAGCAGUGUUAUUGUAUAUGGUUAUCAAUUUAAGGAGUUGAUUGCUAA